UAUAAAAUCACCAAUCAUCUUCUUUUCUAUUGUCUUCGUCUUCCAAUCUUAAUUCUUCUACAUAUCUUAGACGAGUUUCCGGAGGUGGAAAAUAUCAUCGUAUGUAAAACAAAAUGAUGGGGAAAAGAAUAGCUUCAUUCAAGAACUUAGCCAAGAAAGCGAAGAGCUUCAAAAUGAGAGAAGGCAGCUCUGAGUAUGUUCUGAUCGGUGAGGGGGGCGACACUUCUCCGACGAAGAAGUCUACGGGGACGUUUGCUGUCUACGUUGGAGAAGAGCGCGUGAAGCAGGUGGUGCCGACGAGCUAUUUGAAGCAUCCUCUGUUUAGGAUGCUCCUUGACAAGUCACGUGACGAGUUUCACUGUUCCGACCAGAAGGUUAUGUUGGUCGUCCCUUGUAGCCUCUCAGCGUUUCAAGAUGUCGUCAACGCCAUCGAGUCUUGUAAUGGAAACUUCGAUUUCGGCGAUUUUGUUGAGGAGUUUCUUUGAUAUUUUAACGAUUUUCUACCUUCUUCUUGAUUAUUUCUUUCCGUUUUGAUUGUAAAUUUUUUUGUAUUGUUUAAAUCUUUCUAGGAAAAGAUACAAUCCUUUU